AUGUCUAAGCUACCGCCUGUUGAGAAGCUUCCUCUUGUCUUACGCAAGAACAUUCGGGACGAAUGGGACAAUAAGAAGCCGGAUCUUGAACAGAAGCUCUCAGAUACUCUAACAGCCCCUUGGACUGUUGAUGUGAACCCUAAUCAACUAUAUGCCUACGCCGAAGAAGGGUAUGCGAAGGAGUCCCUUGGCAGUUGCAUCGCAGAAUAUAUAAACGGUGCGAUAUAUAGGCUCAAAGAAUUCAAAGAUAAUGCGGGGGAAGAUGGCUUAAAAGAGCUAAACACCAUUUGCUACGCUCACACUAUAACCAUUGACUUGGAUGAUGCUAGCCGCUUCUUAUAUUGCGGCGCGGAUAUCCACGAAGGCAAGCUACGCAUCCUGUUCGCCCCAGGCAAACUAGGAACCAACAUUGAUUACGCACUCGACCGCGAAGUCCUUCUUAAGGCACUGAAUGAGGCUCCUACCCCUGCAUCAGAAGAGGUGGCGACCCUAAGCUUUGCGGCGCGGUCAGAUAUCAGCAAGGAAUAUGACCCUAAGGCCGAGGAUAUUAGGGCACAGAUUGCGAAUAUCUUGUCAAAGUCUGAUAUUAAACUCAGCCCCAAUUUCGACGACACUUUCGCAAAGCUACGGGAAGCAAGUGAGGCGAAUAAGGCUGAUUUUCGGUCAGACUGGGAUGGUCUCUUAGGUUCAUUCACGCGACUCUACUGGGAGGGCCUCAUCUACCAGCUCAAGUACCAGAAGUUUGAUGAGGAUGAGCUACUACGCGAGGGCUUCCACGAGGCUGUUGAGAAAGGCGAGAUCGCAUUCCGGAUCGUAGACGCGCUUAAACAUGACUCAUAUUGCGAGUGUGAGGUCGAAGACGGCGUUUUAUAUCUCCAAUGUACCGCUAAAACUUGGGGGGCGAAUAUUGAUAAUGCUGCCCAAGGACUCGUUGACAGAUUAUAA